AUGCGGAUCAUUUAUUUAUCAAUUUUUCUAUUAUUAUCAUUUUGCGGAUGUGAUAAUUUGUGUUCUGAUGGGCAUUCACCGUUGAUUGAUGGAGAGGAGGCAUUUCUUUGUUCUCGGCAAUGCCCGGAUGGGUUUCAAUGCGAGAAUGUCACAGGAUUUCCCGCUGAAGUGUGUUGCCCGAAUUUACCCAAACUCUAUGAGAUUUAUGGGGAUGAGCAAAAACCAGAAGCCGCUAUUUCUGAAACGAAAAACGCAAGCAGGACAGUUGAAGGGAAAGAUGAACAAGAUGAACAAGUUAAACACAACUUUGUUAAAGUAAAGACGAAAGACGAACUCGUUCUCGAUGAGGAAAGCGGGAUUCAAUACUCUUGUGAGCGGCAGAAUUACGAGAUUUUGUGUAAAAACGAAACCCUUGCCACUCAGGCGACGAUUCGGUGGUUUCGAAAUGGGAAACAAUGCGAGUACUAUCCAUGGGGAUAUUGUCCAGGCGAUCUUGUCAUUCACUCGACAACGAUUCGAACGAAGCGAGCUUGCGAAGAGUUGUGCUUUGAGAGAAAAGAACAAAAAGAAAAUAUAACGACAAUAAAACCAUUGGAAACCAUUGGAACAACGGCCACCAUUCAACCGACAACAUUGCAAUUUCCUACAAUAAUCUCUGAUAGUGCAAGUGGAAAGGAAAAUUUUGGAAAUCUCACAGAUAUCAUUGUUGAUAGUGUUGUUGAGAAGAGUUUUGAUGGAAAUGAUGUGGCUGAGUAUGAAGAAAAUGAAGAAAAGGAGAAUCCCAAAGAAAUUCGCUUGAGAUUCUCGAAAAAUGUCCAAGGAAUUGAGAGUAAAAACGAUUUUGGCGAGUUUUCCGUCGACAAAGUGGGCAUCACGAUUGAGGAUAAACAAGAGAAAAAGCCACCAAUCUCGUGUCAACUUGUCCCUCUUCGCACAAUGUGCGACUCCGGGAUGGCCGCUCAAUUCACAUGGAGAUGGAUUUUAAACGAAACGACAAAAGAGUGCACAACGACCCCAUUUGGAUACUGUAGUGGUGAAAUGAAUGUAAACCUGCCGAGAACUCAAGAGGAAUGCCAGCGAGCUUGUUUGAAAGGA